AUGGUCAAUCUAACCGAACUUCCGCCGCCUGCCGCCGAGGCACGCGAAGAGAGAGAUGAGAAACGCGUAGACGCCGCGACCCCCAAGGAGGAGAAUGCCUCCCCUGCUACUGCUGAUGCCGCCGCCAAUGUCGCUGCCGAUGCCGCCACCGAGAAGCCUGAGAUGGCCGAGGAGUUACCCAAGGAAGAGAAUCUUCCUGCUGCUGGGCAAAACACUCAGUCAUGCACGCCCUUGUUUCCUGUGGGAAACCUCCAGCGCAUAAUAGAUGAUUGGUUUUCGGCGAGACACGCGAAGACCCCCCUGAGGGACCUGCUCCCUGCACAGUUUUCAGCCACUCUGAGCAAGGCCUGGGCUAAAAGUGGCCUGGAUGCCAUGUAUGCAGACUGUCUCAACGCUGGAUUCACAUACCUAGUAGCAAGUAACGAGCAAGACGUGAGCACCGGGGCCUUGGAAUGGCUCACGAUGAAAGCGAUGUGGCGUCGUCUUGGUGCUCCUGGUACCUGGCCCAAGUCGAAGGUCAUGCCAGAGAUCACCCGCAAGCCAUAUGAUCGUCGCUACGCGGGCUUUAAGAAGUCGAAGACUCUAGAGGAGGAGGCCUCGAAGCAGAACAAGACUUCGGGACUCACCAAGAAGCCCGCCGCCUCUGCCCCGACACGCCAACAGCAGCCGUCGGGAUAUCAUUCCCCAACUCUCAAAGCGAGAGGCAGACCUACUUCCAGCGCCAAUCGCUCCUCGACCUACCCCGCCCCUCGGCGCCCCACCACGAGGAUGGAGGUCAUGCUCUAUGACAACUUCUCUGCCCGAAGCAGGGCAUGGGAUGCCUACGGUAGGCUGGGGGGCGCGUCUUACAAGUUUGGUGCCCCGCCGUUUGAGAUUGAGUUGACUGAUGACAAGAUGUCAGACGACUUGCUUUCGUGCCGAUACAAAAAUAAGGUACCGACCGCGCUUCAAGGUGUAAACAAGUACAUCAAGAAGAUUGACCCGAAUGUCAAUCUUGAGUUUGGCCACCACAGGCGUGGCAGAGUUAACAUGCUGGUUCUUGCCAUCAACAGUGAACCUCGAAACGAGGUGAUGAAGUAUGUAGGAGCUGUUUUUGAGAUGGCCGCGGCCUACGUGAAGCACGCGCAAGAUCGCAGAGAUAUCACGAUUGAAAUCUUCUUCAAGAACCGAGAAGCCGAGCUGAAAGCUGCGGUCACGAAGCCUCAAAGCAUUGCCAGAGGCGCCGCGGCCACUACCAGCAAACUGGUUCAGUUGAGCUUUGCCAAUGCCGCGGCAUCCAGUCAGGACCUUUUGAGAAUCAAGAUGAUUGAAAAGGUCAAGCAAAUCCUUAAGAGCACAGAUGUCAGCAGGAGACGAGUGGCCAUGGACCACUUUGUCAACAACGCCCCCACUAUCCUGGGGUUUGAUUCCAAGGUUGUUCCCUUUGGUCCUGAGGCUUUUGCCUUUAGAGUGAAGGAGGCGUGGGCAGAGUUGCCACAGCCGGGCUCUGCGAGCAGUGCAGCCAGUUGGUACGAUGGCUGGCUCAUUCAAAGACACGAGAAGAGCAUCGAAUAUGCCGCCAAAGAGCAGGCUGAAAGAGAGCGGGCCAGGUCCGCUGCUCUCCAAGUUCCCGCCCUCAUGCCGCCCAUGCAAGCGCCGCCUACUUUCCCCUCGGUGCCACCUAUGCAAUACGGAGGCCAUGCAUGGGUUCAACAGCAGCCGGCUUACCCUCAAUCGGCCCCAUCAUGGCAGCAGCAGCAGCCCCCGUGGCAACAGCAGCCCCCGUGGCAGCAGCAGCAGCCGCAACAGCCAUAUCAGGCACCGCCUGCCCAGUGGCAGUAUCCGGCACAAAGUGCCCAGUGGCAGCAGUACCAGGGUCCGAAUACCCAGUAG